AGGACCUGUGCCCAUACUUGAACAGUAUGUCAGGCAAUGCCUGCUGUUUAUUUUAAAACUAGCUUACUUUGUCUGCUGGCACACCUUUCCUCAUCUUAGCCCCAAGAGGAGUUUCAGUCAGAGGGCAAACACGUUUGGGACUUCCACUUGAGUAGGUUUGUCACAUGGAGUUUUUAAGGAAUGUAGGCUUGGGAGUUCUGAUCGUUUUACUGCAGGUACUUUCGCCUGGCUUUGCCUACUUUGCGCCACCAUGUUCACCUGGAUUCGAUUCCGACCUGUUCAUUUUCAAAGUGCACAGAGAGCAGCUUCACAGAGGCGGACGGCUCGGCAGAGUUGUUUUCAACAACUGCAGCGCAAGAUCAAGGACAGUUUUUGAGUCUGCAGACAAGCGGUUUCAAGUGGACGCUGAUGGCACUGUGAUACUGAAGAGACAGGUCGCUCUACACGAGGAUCAUAACGUGUUCUCUGUCUAUGUUUGGGACUCCAAGGGCAAGAAACACACUGCGUUUGUAAGAGUGGAACAUGAGGCCAGGACUGACCACCAUCACCAGCAGGAAGACACUGAGGCAGUCAGCCCUGCACAGAGUGAAUCCCGCUCGGCUCUCCCAGUUCUGGAGUUUCCAAAGUCUUCAGGGGGGUUGAGGAGGCGAAAGAGAGAGUGGGUGAUUCCACCAAUAAACAUCCCAGAGAAUGAACGUGGACCUUUCCCCAAGUUUAUAGUGCAGAUCAAGUCCACUUAUGCUAAGGAAGCUGAGAUGUUGUACAGCAUCACUGGUGAAGGAGCAAACCUGGAUCCAAAAGGACUUUUCAUCGUAAAUAGAAAGGAUGGCUCGCUCUAUGUUACAAGGCCCCUGGAUAGAGAGGCCAAAGAUAAUUAUGUGCUUCAAGCCCAUGCUGUUGCAAUUGAUGGUGAGGAUGAGGAAGAUCCCAUGGAGAUUACUGUCAAUGUGAUCGAUAUAAAUGAUAAUACGCCUGUCUUCACCCAAAAUCCUUUCCUUGGCAGUGUUCCAGAAGCUUCACCAUUAGAGUUUGAGUUCAUGACUGUCACAGCCACUGAUGCAGAUGACCCCAACACUGACAAUGCUGAUGUCAGAUACUCCAUCCUCAGUCAGAAUCCAGAACUGCCAGAUCCAGUCAUGUUCAUCAUUAAUCCUGUUACCGGAGCAAUCAGAGUGAACGCUGCAGGACUGGACAGAGAGAAAUAUCCUGAAUACACAUUGACGAUUGCUGCUGGAGAUAUGCAGGGUGAAGGUCGUGUAGGCACUGGAACAGCUGUUAUUACUGUAACGGACAGCAACGACAAUGCACCCCAGUUUGAAAAGACCUCGUACAACGUGUCUGUCCCAGAGAAUAAAGUAGGAGCUGUGGUGGUGAAGAUGCCAGUGACUGAUGGAGAUGACCCUCAGUCUCCUGCCUGGACAGCCAAGUUCAGGAUCGUUAGUGGCAACAAUGGUGGAUUUUUCAAUGUUAGCACAGGACCAAACAAACAGGAGGGCAUCAUCACUACUGUUAAGCCAUUGGAUUUUGAGCACAAUAACAAAUACACUCUCUUGGUGGUUGCAGAGAAUGAUAUUCCGUUUGCCAAACCUCUGACCACUUCCACUGCCACGGUCAUUGUGAAUGUUCUGGAUGUGAAUGAAGCUCCAGUUUUUGAUCCAGAGGAGAAAAUCAUUUCUAAACCUGAAGAUGUGGCGGUUGGUAGUGAACUAACAGUGUACACUGCCACUGAUCCAGACACAGCGAAGACUCAGAAAGUGACGUAUCGUGUAGGUUCUGAUCCUGCUGGCUGGCUGAGUGUUGAUGGAGAGACUGGACUGGUCAAAGUGAGGAGCCCCAUGGACAGAGAGUCUCCUUUUGUGCAAGAUGGCACAUACAAAACUCUGAUAGUAGCCAUGGAUGAUGAUCCAGUUCCAGCAACUGGUACAGGAACCCUUGUGAUUGAGUUGAAGGAUGUGAAUGAUAACGCUCCUUCCAUUGAGGAGAGAGUGAUCGAAGUGUGCAAUAAGGAGUCUACUCCAGUGCUGCUGUCUGUGACUGAUAACGAUGGGCCUGGCUUUGCAGCUCCAUACAGAGUGGAACUCCUGGGUGACAGCAAGAACGACUGGACUGCCACGAUGAAUGAGACAAAAACUGGAAUUUUCCUAAGGCUUAAGACUCAACUGGAACAGGGAGACUACAAUGUUGUUAUGAGGGUAUAUGACACCAUGAACUUCUACCAGGACAACACCGUCCAAGCUUCAGUAUGUGACUGCACAGGAGACAACGUUCAAUGCAGCAACAAGGCCGUGGCAGCCUUUGGCCUGUCUGGGGUACUUGGAAUACUUGGGGCUAUCUUGGCUCUGCUAGUGCUGCUCCUCCUGCUGCUCCUGUUUGUAAGGAGGAAGAGGACAGUGAAAAAAGAGCCUCUGCUUCCUGAUGACGUUGUCAGGGACAAUGUCUACUACUAUGAUGAAGAGGGUGGUGGAGAGGAUGAUCAGAACUAUGACUUGAGUGUGCUGUACAGGGGCCUCGACAACUGUCCCGGUGUGUUCCGUGAUGACGUGGCUCCAACCUGUAUGUCUGCACCCCAGUACCGGCCUCGUCCCGCCAACCCUGAGGAGAUUGGCACUUUUGUUGAUGACAAUCUGAAGGCGGCAGACAACGACCCCACGGCUCCCCCCUACGACUCCCUGCUGGUGUUUGACACUGAGGGGGAUGGAUCAGACGCUGGCUCUCUCAGCUCCCUGGACUCCUCCAGCUCUGGGGACCAGGACUACGACUGCCUGAGCAAGUGGGGCCCACGCUUCAAGAAGCUUGCUGACAUGUACGGGGGAGGAGAAGAUGAGCUACUUGUACUUUCGCCUGGCUUUGCGGGAUCACCACCAUGUUCACCUGGAUUUGAUUCCGACCUGUACAUUUUCAAAGUGCACAGAGAGCAGCUUCACAGAGGCGGACGGCUGGGCAGAGUUGUUUUCAACAACUGCAGCGCAAGAUCAAGGACAGUUUUUGACUCUGCAGACAAGCGGUUUCAAGUGGACACUGAUGGCACUGUGAUACUGAAGAGACAGGUCACUCUUCACAAGGGUCAUAACGUGUUCUCUGUCCAUGCUUGGGACUCCAAGGGCAAGAAACACACUGCGUUUGUAAGAGUGGAACAUGAGGCCAAGACUGACCACCAUCACCAGCAGGAAGACACUGAGGCAGUCAGCCCUGCACAGAGUGAAUUUUCCUCGGCUCUCCCAGUUCUGGAGUUUCCAAAGUCUUCAGGGGGGUUAAGGAGGCGAAAGAGAGAUUGGGUGAUUCCAGUACAAAACGUCCCCGAGAAUGACCGUGGACCUUUCCCCAAGUUUAUAGUGCAGAUCAAAUCCAAUUACGAUAAGCAAGAAAGAAAGAUGGUGUACAGCAUCUCUGGUGAAGGAGCAGACUUGGAUCCAAAAGGACUUUUCAUCAUAAAUAGAAACGAUGGCUCACUCUAUGUUACAAGGCCCCUAGAUAGAGAGGCCAAAGAUAAAUAUGUGCUUCAAGCCCGUGCUGUUACAUCUGAUGGUAAGGAUCAGGAACAGCCCAUGGACGUUAUUGUCAGUGUUAUUGAUAUGAAUGAUAAUCCGCCUGUCUUCACCCAAGACCCUUUUCAUGGCAGUGUUCCAGAAGCUUCACCAAUAGGAUUUGAGUUCAUGACUGUCACAGCCACUGAUGCAGAUGACCCCAACACUGACAAUGCUGAUGUCAGAUACUCCAUCCUCAGUCAGAAUCCACAACUGCCAGAUCCAAACAUGUUCGUCAUUAAUGCUGUUACCGGAGCAAUCAGGGUGAACGCUGCAGGACUGGACAGAGAGAAAUAUCCUGAAUACACAUUGACGAUUACUGCUGGAGAUAUGCAGGGUGAAGGUCGUGUAGUCACUGGAACAGCUGUUAUUACUGUAACGGACAGCAACGACAAUGCACCCCAGUUUGAAAAGACCUCGUACAACGUGUCUGUCCCAGAGAAUAAAGUAGGAGCUGUGGUGGUGAAGAUGCCAGUGACUGAUGGAGAUGACCCUCAGUCUCCUGCCUGGACAGCCAAGUUCAGGAUCGUUAGUGGCAACAAUGGUGGAUUUUUCGCUGUUAGCACAGGACCAAACAAACAGGAGGGCAUCAUCACUACUGUUAAGCCACUGGAUUUUGAGCAAACUAACAAAUACACCCUCUUGGUUGUUGCGGAGAACGAUGUUCCGUUUGCCAAACCUCUGACCACUUCCACUGCCACGGUCAUUGUGAAUGUCCAGGAUGUUAAUGAAGCUCCAGUUUUUGACCCAGAGGAGAAAAUCAUUUCUAAACCUGAAGACUUGGUGGUUGGUAGUGAACUAACAGUGUACACCGCCACUGAUCCAGACACAGCGAAGAAUCAGAAAGUGACGUAUCGUGUAGGUUCUGAUCGUGCUAAGUGGCUGAGUGUUGAUGGAGAGACUGGACUGGUCAAAGUGAGGAGCCCCAUGGACAGAGAGUCUCCUUUUGUGCAAGAUGGCACAUACAAAGCUCUGAUUCUUGCCAUGGAUGAUGAUCCAGUUCCAGCAACUGGUACAGGAACCCUUGUGAUUGAGUUGAAGGAUGUGAAUGAUAACGCUCCUUCCAUUGAGGAAAGAGAGAUCACAGUGUGCAAUAAGCAGUCAGCUCCAGUGCUGCUGUCUGUGACUGAUAAGGAUGGACCAGGCUUUGCUGCUCCAUACAGAGUGGAACUCCUGGGUGACAGCAAGAACGACUGGACUGCCACGAUGAAUGAGACAAAACCUGAAAUCAUCACAUUUGGACUUAAGACUGCACUGGAACAGGGACGCUACAAUGUUGUUAUGAGGGUAUAUGACGCUGGGAACCACUUCAACGACAGCACCAUCAAAGCUUUGGUAUGUGACUGCAAAGGAGACAAUGUUCAAUGCGAGAAGGUGGCAGAGUUCAAGCUGAUUGGGAUCCUAGGAAUUCUUGGUGCUAUCUUGGCUCUGCUAGUGCUGCUCCUCCUGCUGCUCCUGUUUGUAAGGAGGAAGAGGAGAGUGAAAAAAGAGCCUCUGCUUGCUGAUGACGAUAUCAGGGACAAUGUCUACUGCUAUGAUGAAGAGGGUGGUGGAGAAGAUGAUCAGGACUAUGACUUGAGUGUGCUGCACAGGGGCCUCGACAACCGUCCCGAUGUGUUUCGUAAUGACGUGGCUCCAACCUUUAUGCCUGCACCCCAGUACCGGCCUCGCCCCGCCAACCCUGAGGGGAUUGGCACUUUCAUUGAUGAUAAUCUGAGGGUGGCAGACAACGACCCCACGGCUCCUCCCUACGACUGCCUGCUGGUGUUUGACCACGAGGGGGGUGGAUCAGACGCUGGCUCUCUCAGCUCCCUGAACUCCUCCAGCUCUGGGGACCAGGACUACAACUGCCUGAGUGAGUGGGGCCCACGCUUCAAGAAGCUCGCUGACAUGUACGGGGGAGGAGAAGACGAGCUACUUUAGAUUCAGUUCUACUUUGGCAUGAAGAGGAUGAAUGAAUGGAUAAGUGUAAAUAUGGGACAGUUUUAUAAUUAUUGCCACGUGACCUUGUUUUGGCUUGUCAUGUUGAAUACUGGAACAGCAAUAUUGGCAUUUUUUUCCUUAAAUUAAUUAAAAGCUGAUCUUUGGCAUA